CCGCGCCCCGCCCGGCCCCCGGCGGGCCCGGGAGAUGCUCUUGAGGCGCUUGGGAUGAGGUGGUACAGGUCCCUCGCAUCUGUAUUUUGCUUGCAUUAAAGUCGUCUUUUGGACGAGAUGCCCUUGGAAGUUCACUUUUGAGCAAGGUAAAAGACACGGGUUAACUUGUAAGGGAAGUCCUUUUCCCCUCUUCUUUUGUCACUGUCAGUCAUGGUGAGGCGUAAGAGCUUUCCUUACCCUCAUUUAGUAAAAUGAUUAAUUGUUGGCUCCUAGCAAGUCCUUUGGACAGGACUCGUCUUUACUGUCGUUAACCUGAAUUUUACUGUCUCUUCCGCUCUGGGACUUUGACACACACUUUUUUCUGGCCCCAUCUGAAAGUAAAAAAAUCAUCUUGUGCUGCCUGUACACAAGUGGCAAGGUUUAUCACACUCACAGACCAAUACCAAAGGGAAGUCUGGGAUCACACCUCAGGACUUCCCAUUGUCUGUCCAGCAUGAACCUGUUACGACUGCAUCCCAGGGGUGCUGCACGCAUCAGUAAAUCCACCAAGGCUGAGGUGGGAAUAUUUUGGUAAUAGAACUUGGAUAGGUCCACCCUGGAGUAGCUGAGGCUUGUGUGGUGCCUCCGCUGCUGGAGCUGAGUUUGGUGGUUAUUCUCCUGUCAUGUAUCUGAGUGUAUUAUUUGUAUGAAAAUUAUUUACUCUCGCCUUCCUGAUAGCUUAUGAAUUAAUUUUGCUAUUAUCUGUUACACUUAACACAGAUGCAGCUGUAUCGAGCAGUCUUAGGCUGUUAAAAAUUACUCUUAAUGUGAAUAUUGAAUCACAGAGAUGGUUUCAUGUACGGCUUUGAAAUAAGGUGGGGAAAUGCUGCUGCUUCAUGCGCAGUAUAAUUGAAAAAUAACAUCCUUACAGCAGCAGUGUGUGGUGCUUUUAACUGUCCUCCUUGUGUCCAAUAAAUAAUGUUUAAUGCCAGUUAAUACCUUUUACUCUUGUUUCUAACUGUGCCUGUCUUACCUGUGGGGAUGGAAAAAUGCUUCAGCUUGUCUUUCCUGGGACCUGCCUUUCACUCAGAACUAAUGUUGCCUUGCUCUUUUUCUGCUUCCCGCUCGUCAGGAUUUGGUGGGCUUGAAACUGCAAACUCCACUGCCAGUGGGUUUAAUUUUGGGGGUUUCGGAUUAACUGCUAAUCCCGCGGUGAAUUUUAAUAUUGGGAAUUUCGGUGUUUCCACUACCUCAACUCCACCAUUCAAUUUUGGUAACAGUCUGGCAAGCGCAGGUGCCUUCGGAGGCUUUGGCACGACCACCACCACCGCGGCGCCGGCGUUCAGCUUCUCUGCUCCCACCAACACCGGCACCAGCGGGCUCUUUGGUGCUACCCAGAACAAAGGCUUUGGAUUUGGUACCAGUUUUGGCACAGGAACUGGAACGGGCUUGGGUAGUGGGUUGGGAACUGGGCUGGGCUUCGGAGGCUUUGGAACCCAGCAGCAGCAGCAGCAGCAGCAGACCACGUUAGGCAGCGGGUUGUUCAACCAGCCUGCCCAGACACCCGCUCAGUCCAACCAGCUCAUCAACACAGCCAGCGCCCUCUCGGCCCCGACACUGCUGGGAGAUGAGAGGGACGCCAUUCUGGCCAAAUGGAACCAGCUGCAGGCCUUCUGGGGCACGGGCAAAGGGUACUUCAACAACAACAUCGCGCCGGUGGAGUUCACGCAGGAAAACCCCUUCUGCCGGUUUAAGGUACGGCAUUGUUCAGCUGCCCACAGAGGGCGCUCAUGCCCUUACUCUGCCGAGUCUGAGCUCUCGGGUGUUAAAGCAGAUGGUACCGCUGGUGAGAGCGUUCUGAAACAGUGUUUGUCCAGGUGUUCUGCACAGUUAUAUGAAGAUGGCCUCGUGGUCUUGGUGUUUAACAGAAAAGAAGCAGAUAUUCGAAGCCAGCAGCAGCAGCUCGUAGAAUCACUACACAAAAUUUUGGGAGGAAACCAGACCCUCGCUGUCAAUGUUGAAGGUGUUAGAACAAUGCCAGAUGACCAGACAGAAGUGAUCAUUUACGUUGUGGAGCGCUCGCCCAAUGGCACCUCGAGGAGAGUUCCCGCAACGACCCUCUACGCCCACUUUGAGCAAGCCAACAUCAAAUCAUCCCUGCAGCAGCUGGGGGUCAGCCUGUCCAUGGCCAGGACAGAGCUGUCCCCAGCACAAGUCAAGCAGCUCCUGCAGAACCCUCCUGCCGGUGUUGAUCCUAUUAUAUGGGAACAAGCCAAAGUUGAUAAUCCAGAUCCUGAUAAGCUUAUUCCCGUGCCAAUGGUGGGUUUCAAGGAACUGCUGAGAAGAUUGAAGGUCCAGGAUCAAAUGACCAAACAGCAUCAAACUCGAUUAGAUAUAAUAUCAGAAGAUAUCAGUGAGCUGCAGAAAAACCAAACGACAACUAUGGCAAAAAUUGCACAGUACAAAAGGAAAUUGAUGGCGCUUUCGCACAGAACAUUGCAGGUGCUGAUAAAGCAGGAGAUCCAAAGGAAAAGCGGUUACGCCAUUCAAGCAGAUGAGGAGCAGCUUCGUGUGCAGUUGGAUACAAUUCAGUGUGAACUUAAUGCACCCACGCAGUUCAAGGGCAGACUGAAUGAGCUCAUGUCCCAGAUCAGGAUGCAGAACCACUUUGGAACAGUGCGGGCAGAAGAGCGCUAUUACAUAGAUGCAGACCUCUUAAGGGAAAUCAAGCAACACCUGAAGCAGCAGCAAGAAGGGCUGGGUCACCUAAUCAGCAUCAUCAAGGAUGACUUAGAGGACAUCAAGCUAAUAGAACACGGGCUGAACGAGAGCAUUCCCAUCCGAGGGGGAGUCUUCAGUUGACUGGUGGAGGUUUACACAGAACACGGUAGUCGAGUUCAUGGCUCACCUUCCAAGGCUAAAACUGUUGAGGUAAAAUAAAACAUGCAUCUUGUAGGAGCAAAAAGGUAUUUUGUCUGUUACUUUUAGAAUUAGCAAAGCCUCUUCCAAGCUUUUCAAAUUGACCUUUGGAAGGUUUAUAUUUUAUAAAGCUGUAUAUGCUUUACCAAAAAAAGGAAAACUGAAUCUGUUCAGAUACCAUUUACUAUAAAACUAUAUGUACUAUUGUACAUUUUUCCUUUUUUUCUUUUCUACAACAGCAUUGUCCUAAAAAUGCAGUGCUGAGGGGAUUGUUUCACUAAUGAUUCGGUUUGUGGAAAGCUUAGCCCGCUUCCGUGUUUCUGUCACAACAAUCAAGUAGCACCAUUGUGUAAACAGCUAAUUUAAAUCUUGACAGAGAUGUUUGUUGCUGUAACUACGUUGUUCUCUGCAAUACCAGUCGAUUACUGGGGCAAGCUGCAGAAAGUUCACGUUUCCAGUUUCUGUCCUUCCUUUGGAGUGUAUGGAUCUGAAGGUUAUGUUUUGAUCACUUAACGUAUGUGAAUUAUACAAAGUUUUGCUGCCCAUCAAAGUAACAGAAUGUCUGGAUGUUGUCUUCUGCCUUUUUUUAAAUUGCCCAAGGGUAAUAAAUUCAAUCUGACUUUGUAAUAA